AAUUGACGCAGCGCGACGCGCGUGUCCUUCCGCUAGGCGGGCUGGGACUCGCGGCCGGAGGAAAAAGAGGCCGCGGGCAGAGCGGACCCAGGGAGCCUCUGAAAACGCGGGGAGCGGAGCGGCGGCGUGCCGGCGGCGAGGCUGUUCUCCGGCGGCGAAGGAGUGGGGAGGGCGUCGGGAAGCUUUCGCCGCGGAGGGAUCCCGCCGCCAUGGUGGUCUUGCGGAGCAGCGGCGCUCGCCGCGGGCCGCCCUUCGCCAUCAUGGACUCCAGCUCCGAGUUCAUCUCCCUGCAGCCCACCGCGCUCGGCUCCCGCCGCACCUGGACCCGCUCGCAGAGCUCCUCGGUCGCCGCCGGGUCCGAAGGGAUGGAGAGGAGGGGGAGAUCGGCUAGAUUUUCCUCUGGCAAAAUGGAAUGUUUCCAUGGACACUGUUUAAGACCAAUAAGAAAAAACAUCACUUUGCGUUCAGAUUCCAGCUUUGAGAAAAGUAUGGAAAUAUUGAGUGAAAAUGUAAAUAGGAGACACUUUGGAAGGCAAUUGACAAAGCCAAAAUCUGACCUGAAAGAAGAAGAAUAUAAGGAAGUCACAAGGACACUAAAAACCAGAGCUGAUGCAAAAGCUGCAAAGCAAAUCCAUGAAGAAGAUGGGGAUUUGGAGGUCCGACGAAGCCGUUAUACUACUACAAAUCAGUCUGUUCUCUUUGAUGCACUCAUAACAAAUACUGCAGAAGCAGUGUUGCAAAAAAUGGAUGACAUGGAGAAGAUGCGUAGACGCCAUAAAAAGGGCUUGGAAGAUUUUGGGGUGUUCAACAAUGCUAAAGAAAACCUUGAUAGGUAUUCCUGCGAAAAGAAGGAAAUUGAAGGAGGUGAUGAACCUGAAAAUCAACAGGAGCUUGAAGCGUCAUCAGAAGAAAUUGAGGGUAAAGAAGAUGAUGAUGUUGAAGAUAAUCAAAAGCGUUAUGACCUCCGACAGAGGAAAACUGUUGUGCCCUACCAAGCUCCUUUGGAAAGACCAAGACAACGCAAGAUGCUCUUUCCCAGCCCACGGAAACGGCCUAACAGACUGAGACGUGCAGCCCACAAUGCUAAUUCCACAUCGUCUUCCUCAUCAUCCCCUUCCUUGUCAUCCUCAUCUGAUGAGGAAGAGAGCGUUGAAAGGCGUCGGAUGCACAGCCGUAACAGGACAAUAAGAAGGUGUCUUCCAGUAAACUUUCAGGAGGAUGAGCUGAAGGGAGUUCGCAAGGAUCGAAUGAAAACUGGAAAAAGCCUGGCUGAUGUUGAUCCAAUGCAAAUUGAUAGUUCGGUGCGAUUUGAUGCCGUGGGUGGUCUUUCAGACCACAUUUCAGCUUUAAAAGAAAUGGUCAUUUUUCCCCUGCUUUAUCCAGAGGUGUUUGAGAGAUUCAAAAUUCAGCCUCCAAGAGGAUGUCUAUUCUAUGGUCCACCAGGAACUGGGAAGACCCUGGUUGCACGUGCCCUUGCUAAUGAAUGUAGCCAAGGGAACAGGAGAGUGGCUUUUUUUAUGAGAAAAGGUGCAGACUGCCUGAGUAAAUGGGUAGGAGAAUCCGAAAGGCAACUUCGUUUGUUAUUUGAUCAGGCAUAUCAGAUGAGGCCUUCAAUUAUUUUCUUUGAUGAGAUUGAUGGUCUUGCUCCUGUCCGGUCCAGUAAGCAAGAUCAGAUUCAUAGCUCCAUCGUAUCAACGCUUCUGGCACUCAUGGAUGGGUUAGACAGCAGAGGAGAGGUGGUUGUAAUUGGUGCGACCAACCGACUCGAUUCCAUUGAUCCUGCAUUACGAAGACCUGGACGCUUUGACCGAGAAUUCCUCUUUGGCCUCCCAAAUAAAGAGGCCAGAAAAGAAAUUUUCAAGAUUCAUACCCGUGACUGGACUCCUAAGCUGUUGGACACAUUUAUAGAUGAGCUCGCUACAGAAUGUGUUGGGUACUGCGGAGCUGAUAUAAAGUCUUUGUGUGCUGAGGCUGCUCUCUGUGCCCUCCGCCGGCGAUAUCCUCAGAUCUACUCGAGUAGUGAGAAAUUGCAACUAGAUGUCAAUUCUAUUAAAAUAAAAGCAAAAGAUUUUGUGAUGGCUAUGCAGAAAACUGUUCCAGCAUCACAGAGGGCUGUGCCUUCACCGGGCCAAGCACUGUCACCUAUUAUGAAGCCACUUCUAGGAAAUACACUCUUGAGAAUUUUACAAGCCCUACAAAGGGUAUUUCCUCAUGCAGAGCUUGCACUGAAGAAGGACCAGCAGCAAGGCAGUUUAAAUUCUAUCUUAAAAGGUGAUACAAUUGAUGGAAACUAUGAAUCACCCUCAAUCUUUGAAGAGAAUGUAACAGAUAAAAUGAUUUGCAGACCGCAGGAAAAAUUCCUCAAUUUUAGUAGGAAAGCUUACUGGCAGCCUACAUCCUGCAGGCCACACCUGCUAUUAGUAGGAAAGGCAGGAUAUGGCCAGGCAUCCCACUUGGCACCUGCUGUUUUGCAUGCUCUGGAAAUGUUUCCAGUUCAUACUCUGGACAUGUCAGUUUUAUUUGUUAGCAUCUCAUCGCCUGAAGAGACAUGUGCACAGUUGAUCCGAGAAGCUCAGCGGACAGCACCAAGCAUAAUUUAUAUCCCACAUAUCCAUUUGUGGUGGGACAGUGUUGGAGCUACACUGAAAGCUACCUUUACAUCACUAAUUCAGAACAUUCCAACAUUUGCUCCAGUCUUGCUGCUUGCAACAUCAGAUGUGUGUCACACAGAUCUCCCGGAUGAGGUACAAACAUUGUUUAAGAAUGACUUUGGAGAAGUUUUCAAUAUCCAAUCUCCGGAUGAGGACGAAAGAAGACAUUUUUUUGAGGACUUGAUCUUGAAUCAAGCUGCUAAACCUCCCACUUCUAAAAGGAAAGCAGCUGGCCAGACAUUGGAAGCAUUGCCUGUAGCACCACCACCUGAACCUCGACCUCUGACAGAGGAAGAAAUGAAGUGUCUGGAGGAGCAGGAGGAAGAUACCCUGCGUGAACUUCGAAUUUUCUUGAGGGAUGUUACUCACAGACUUGCCAUUGACAAACGUUUCAGGGCCUUUACAAAGCCUGUUGACCCGGAGGAGGUGCCUGACUAUGACACAGUUAUUAAACAUCCAAUGGAUCUUUCAACAGUUUUAUCUAAGAUUGACUUGCACCAAUACCUAACUGCGGGAGAUUUUCUGAAAGAUAUUGAUCUCAUCUGUAGUAAUGCUUUAGAAUACAACCCAGAUAAAGACCCUGGAGAUCGCCUCAUUAGGCACAGAGCUUGUAGUUUGAAAGACACUGCAUAUUCCAUUGUGAAGGAAGAAAUAGAUGAAGAUUUUGAACAACUUUGUGAAGAAAUUAAAGAAUCUCGUAAGAAACGAGGUUGCAGCUCUUCAAAGUAUGCUCCAGAUUUCUAUACAGUGAUGCCAAAGGAAAACUCUGCUCCUGGAUGUAAGAAAACAGAUGCAAAGUGCAGUGAAAAAACAAAGAUGACAGUGACACCUGUAGGAGCCAGUACACCCCUCUCCAGUGAUGUGUCAAAAAGAAAACGCAGAAAAACCAAAUCCUCUUUUUCCAUUGCAAAGAGAAAAAGGUGUUUUCAAUUCAAUAAAGAGAAUACAAUUCCCAAAGAUGACCCAAAUGAGAGCGAUGGGGAAGAUUUUCUGGCAAGCUAUAUUUCUAACAUGGAUCAGACUGAAUUCGAAUCCUUACAGGCUUCUACUUGGGAAGAAAGUGAAACUGUUCUUCAGGAACGGCAGACAAAUAGCAAUGAAAAUAAAGCUGGAUCAGAAAAGGAGAGAGAGGGCGGGCUUUUUGAUAUGGGUACAUCUGCUGGUGAAAAGGAGAGUGUCGGGCUGCCUGGACACUCAGACCUGAGAAGGGAAAGUGAUGUUUCUGUUGUCCAAAAACCGGACACCUCUGGAAAGCCAGAGGCAAAUGAUCCUUGGGUACUUCACACGACUCGUGCAAGAUGUUCUCAGACAGAACAGAGGCAGAUGAGGGCUGAAAAAGUUAUGGACGUUGUGACAGAGUCAGCUGUUGUAGUGAUGGUGGAUUACUGUGAGCUCAAACAACUGUUGAAUAUGGUCACUGAGCUAACAAAGGAGGCUGAUGUAUUCCAUUUUGAAAAAUUAUAUGCUACAAUUUGUCAGUGUAUUUAUCAACAUCGGGAAGAUUAUGACAAAACCGAAUUACUGAAGGUAAUGAAGAAAGAAAUUAAAGCCUUAGCGCUAAUAUGAUCUGUGACAUACUUGAUUUCUGUUCUGCAAAGUUGUUUUCAUUGCAUAUUCUUCUGUUCUUUUUGUGUGUAAUUCAGUACUUUACGUAUAUAAAACAAAUUUAUCUUAAAAUAUAUUUUUAAUGUUCAGAAACUCUUUAAAGUGCUUUUAUUUUGUAUUCUUUCCCCGUAUUUGUUGAUAUUCUGUGAUGAACAGCGAGCUCGGACAGAAGGAGUUUGGUCUUUUGAGAUCAGUGUGUUCAGCUGUCCUCUCCAAUACACAGCACCUUAGCCUCAUGUUGUGUGGUUUGUGAAGUACUGCAGUCAGUGCCUUUGUCACAGUGUAGAUGUGAAUGUCUUCCAGAUGCUUCCAGUGCCUCUUCUUAAAAGAAAAGGAUGAAUAAAUCGAUAAGCUUUUAUCAUCCUUUCCCAUAUAUAUUUUUUUCUGCAGGAAUCUCUGGUGAUAUAUAUUGUACAGCAUGGUAUGUAAGGGUUUUAAAACAAGUCUGAUUCUGACAUAUGAAAUCUAAUGCCUUUAGAAAACUCUUAGUGCAGUUCAGAGAUUUUUUUGUUUGUUUUGUUUUUUUUAAUUGCCCGAUAGUAUCUCAUGUGGCUUUCCUGGAAUUAACAACAUAAAGACAGUAUGUGGGAGAAAACAAUUCCACAAAGAUUUUUUGCUAUGGUAUAUUUUCAACGAUUAAAAUCCCAACUUGAGAGGCAAAGCCAAGCUUGCUAUUGAAACUUCCUAACAUGAUGCUUGGUCUUGCUUCUAACAGUGACAAUCUUUAUACUGGAAAGUAGUAUUUUAAUAUUUAUUAAUUUAAUAUAAAUUAUUAGUUGCACGGAUAGUGCCUUAUAGUUGAAUUAAAUUUGUAAAUAAUUUUCUUAGUGACCAAGAGAGAAUCUAUUUGUCUAUUUCUUAAAAUUAACUAUAUUUCACCAAGAAUAUAUGUAAGAAAUAUCAGAGCAAGCCUCUGUUUUAGAGGUAGAUUUCUCUUCAAACCAGUGGAGAAAAUUAAUGUGACAGUUUUUUAAAUUAACCUAAGAUGGGGGAAGAUUUUAUUUUCAAAAAACAAUUAUAUAAUGAUGAAAAAUGUAGCAGUAUCUGUUGCUGGUAUGUCACUGAAUACCUAACUGUGCAAUCCCCGUGUGUGCUUUCUUAUGUGUGUGUUCUUGUUUCUUUCUAGUGCGUGCCAACAUUCUAAACUAUGUGGGAUUUCUUUUUUCAUUUGUAUUGUUUGGAUGAGUAUUAAUGAGAAAUGAAUGUCCAUUUGUUUCUUUCUUUUCAUUAAAAAUCUUUAAAAAAGCAGUAUGAGUCUGAAGGCUUUAAAAGAGGUGCUUUAUGGGAGUAGCUUACCUUGUUUAUGGUAUAUUGCUUAUGUGGCAAUAGCAAAGGCAGGAGGAAGAAAAGCGUACAUCUGAAAUUCACAUGUUAAUGUAUAUUACGUUAAAAAUGUAAUAAUGGAGUCAACUUUGCUUUUCCCUAACUUGUUCUGCAACUUGGUUAGUAUCACAGAUUUGUUCGAGGUGUGCAUGCGGUUCGCUGAUCUGAUCCUCUGAGUGACUUUGUUGGAAAUGUCUUUGUAACAGAGAUGGAGUGAAGAAAUCCCCAGUCUUUUCUGUAAGAGUUUCUGAGCUGCAUACAACACACUUUUGUGCUUCCCGGGUUCUCCUCAUCCCUUAUCACCAUACAAUCAUGUGCAGUCAGCUCUCUGCAUGGCAGCUCAAAGAUUUCAUCCUCACAAGGCGUGACUGGAAAGGAGGAACCAGGAGCAAACUUGAUCUUCAGGCUAUGGGCAAACCUCUCCUGUUGUUCAUCUCAAUAACAAAGCACACCUCUACAGUUUCAAAAACUUAAAAACCUGGAAGUCUCAGUGUUCCAUGAGUUGUUCCCUGUUACUGUUAGCAGUUUCCACAAGCCACAUUCUGCUUUUUCUCUCUUGGGAAUCAAUCACGUGUAGUAUCUGAGUCAGAGCUGCAAGUAGUGAUAGAGGAAAUACAAAGGCUGCUCCGAAAGUUAUGCCUCCUAUUUUAUAAUGUUGGCCUACAGGGUCAGAGGCAGAUGUUGGUGGUACAGCAGUUGGAGCUGCCCACCACUAUUCUGUUAUGUUUUGUCGUGUGACAGACGGCAGCAGAGGGGCAAUCCAAUAGAAUGGUGUCUGAUACAAAAGUGUGUAUGAAGUAAAGGUGUGGAAUUGAAUUUGGCCAUGUGGAAGAAAUGGCACUCUGACAUUCGUGGGUGCUUGCUGAAUGCUUAAGGACACCAAACGGGAUGUGAGCACAGGGAGGUGGUGGCUGGUGAAACAUUGAGAAACAGUAGGUGAGCUCCAGUAGCGCACAUCUCCAUGAGCACAGCGUGCAGCCGUUUGCUGCUGGCAGAAAUACGUAGCUGACGGUGCUGACUGUUGGAAAAUAGCACUUCUUAGCUGAGAACUUGCUCUGUCCUCCAGUGUUCCUGUGCUCUUUGUGUUUGUUGUCGUUUCCAAGGAAAUCAACGGGCGGCAUUACUUUCGGAGCAGCCUACAUAGCAUGUAAUCGCGGUGCGUCGCAAAGUAUCUCGGUGGGAGCUAAGAGCGACGUGUCCGAGGUGGCUGGAGAAAGAAGAUGUCCAAGUUCCACCUCUCGCCAGAGAACGGGGCAGUGCGGGCCGUCUCUCCCCCCGCCCGCGGCACGGCGGCUCGGGACCGCGCAGCGCUGCCGUCGCUCAGGGCCGGGCGCGUGCGGCAAGCCGCG